UGAACUGUCACUGGUCACAUGACCCGGAAAAUGUGGGGCUUAAUUCCUGUGUUGAACUGCUCCCAGCUGUUGAAGCUCUGCGCUCCGCAGUGCAAACCCUCCGUCUGUCCCAUCACGACCCCCGCGCUCCGGGCGGACUCUCCAUUGCGCACCAUGUCAGCAGACCAGGCUUUUGUGACGCUGGCCACAAAUGACAGCUACGCCAAGGGGGCGAUGGUCCUCGGCCAGUCGCUACGAAACCACCACACCACCAGGAAGCUGGUCGUACUCGUAGGACCUCAUGUUGCAGAACCAUGCAGAGAUGCACUACGCUCUAUUUUUGACGAGGUGUCCGUGGUGGACGUUAUGGACUCUGGAGACGCAGCUCAUCUAUCCAUGAUGAAGCGUCCUGACCUCGGGGUGACGUUCACCAAACUGCACUGCUGGACUCUAACACAAUACAGCAAGUGUGUGUUCAUGGAUGCAGACACACUGGUGCUGUCAAAUAUAGAUGAACUCUUUGAGAGAGAGGAACUAUCCGCAGCGCCAGAUCCUGGCUGGCCAGACUGUUUCAACUCCGGCGUGUUUGUCUUCAGGCCGUCCAACGAGACGCACGAGAAGCUGCUCGCAUUCUGCAGUGAAAACGGCAGCUUCGACGGUGGAGAUCAGGGGGUCCUCAACAGUUUCUUUAACACCUGGGCGACGGCAGACAUUUCCAAACACCUCCCCUUUAUCUACAACCUCAGCAGUAUCGCCAUCUACUCCUACCUGCCAGCUUUCAAACAGUACGGCCACGAUGCCAAGGUGGUGCACUUCCUGGGCAAGGUGAAGCCGUGGCACCACUCCUACGACGCUCAGAGGGGUGAAGUCAAAGGUCACUCCACGUCCCCUGACCUGUGCCAGCUGCACCCCGACUACCUGCUCAUGUGGUGGCGGCUGUACGCCAAAUCCGUGCUACCUUUAAUGCAGCAGGCCUACGGCGACACUCCCUUCAGCAGCGGCUUCGUGGAGGCAAACGAGGACGAGGAGGUUAAGCUUCACGAAGACGCGAGAGAGCAACCGGCACCCGCCAGUGCUCCUCCGCCACAGAUUUCAUCAGAGGAGAGGAAGCAACGUUGGGAAGCGGGCCAGAUCGACUACAUGGGUGCCGACUCCUUUGCCAACAUCGAGCGAAAGCUCGACUCCUUCCUGAAGUAGGAGGCGUGCGAGGGAGGGAGUGUGACGGACAGAGGGAGCACUCAGUCGAAGCUCUGUGUGGACGGGGGAUUGAAACGCCGCUCAGCCAGUCACAGGGAUGAAUGCCUCUGCAUCCUGUCACUGUGUGUUUGAAACAGCUCCCAUGCACUCUUACCAUUCUCCCUCGAGGAAAAGUUUGACAUUUCAGGAAAUACACAUUCACUUUUAGAGAGAUCAAGAUGAGAAGAUUGAUACCACACUUAAAUUGUAUGGGUGAAUAUGAAGCUACCACAUAAUGUUGAGUGUAAACAUUGGUCUGAAGCCUGGCAAAACAUUUUUUAUGGAUAGUAAAUAUGAGAAAUACCUUUUUGGCGAUACAAGGUUACAAAAAACCCCAUCAAAGUUUUGUUUAUGUGACUCUAUGUUACGUAAGGAGUUCAAUAAUUAGUUAAAACAACUGUGUUGUGACUCAUUUGUUCAAAUUACCCAAACCCAACAUGUAAAAACAUCAAUUAGCUGUUUUCUUGGGGGGCAGAUGUGGUAACGGAAUAGCUAAUUUCAUGGAGUCCCUAUUGGUUGCCUAACAACUAGUCAUAGCAACCAAGAAGUUGGACAAUUAACCGCCUGUAAAACAACUAAUUUGACACUUUCUUAGAUAGAACUGGUUAAUUAAUGACUUUUAGAGGUUCCAGUAGCUGGAUUUUUACAUUUGGACAGAGCCAAGUUAUCCGUUUACAGCCUUUAUUCCGGGCAGUAGCUUCACUAUUCUUGCACGAGCGGUACAAUCUUCUCCUCCAAAAAUGUCGGACUGUUUCUUUUUUAAGUGUUCUUGUGCAUCUGAUGGAGAUGGAUUUUUUUUUUUUUAAGUCUUCCUAACCUGUGGAAACUUUCAGCAACAACAACAAAACACUGGAAAAUGUCUGUGGGCAAAGUUUCUGUUUGAGUUCAGGGGAGUGAGUGAGUUUAAAAAGUUGUUUCUGGAUUUUUGCCACAGCUCCUAUCAUGCAAUAAGACUGGCUUACUUCCUCUUUACAGUCUCCUUUUCAGCCAGCGUUCACCUCACCUCAGUACACAGAUAAACCUCCCUACCUGUGCCUCUGACUGUCACCAGCUCUCUGCGACUUCAGCUUUGUAACGUCUGGUAUUGUUAUUAGGGUCAGGGCCUGCUGUGUUUUAUUUGCAUGGCACAAAGUUCAAAUGUGGGUCAGUCGAUGAAGCACUUCCAUCCGCAUCCUAAAGCGAUGUUGAUCGUCAAGUUUUGUAUGUAUUGUGUGUUUAUCUGCAUGUCGUGUUCCUGCCAGGCCUACAUCGAUGUUUCUCCGUGCCAUGAUCCGUUGCAUCACUUCCUGUCUGUACCAGCUGCCUUAUUGCCGUUCACUGUUUACAAAACCUCACUUACCGUAACUGCUGCUACCAUCACACCCAAUCUGCCCGGUCCCUCCUUUCCUGUUGCCAAUACCUCCUUUACUUAACUCCAGCUGUGCGACAUUAAACUAAACUUUAACAAGGACAACAUUAAACACACUCCUACGAGAAGCCGGCACGCGAGAUGUCUCCAAUCUCGUCAGCCCGCUAAAUCCUGAUUAUGCAUGAGUGUGGAUGUGGAAACAUAAUUGUAGUGACAUCUGUUAAUGCAGAUCUGUCCUGUUCCCCAGCUGUUAACUGUAUAACCCUGCUGAAGCGCUAAUAAGAAAUUAAAUCACCUUUUAUCCA